AAGACCAUAUCAAGAGGAAAUCAACACAACAAAGUCUAGCUUUGUCCCUGCCAUCAGCAAACAAACUCAUACCAAUACAGAAACAACCAUCGACUCAUGUUGUGUCUGCAUCAGAAAUCGAGACUGACCUUGAGAUAGAAAUUUUCCAGCGGUCUAUCUAAGCCAUAUGUUGAAUCACAGAAGAAAGAACAUAUGAGUAAGAAUCGAUACAAAGGAAUUUAUCCAUACGAUGACUCAAGUGUAAAGGUUAGAAGUAAUGGCGGGUCAGACUACAUAAACGCAAGCUUUAUUGACGGGUAUAAAACGCCGAUGCAGUACAUCGCCACAUUAGGACCAAUGUCACAACAAUUAGGAGAUUUCGGCUUAUUUUGGAAAAUGAUUUGGCAACAGAAAGUUGAGAAAAUUGUCAUGGUUACCAACCUCAUUGAACAGGGAUCCCCUAAAUGCGAGCAAUACUGGCCAAAGCCUGGAACAACUAUGAAGUAUGGCGAUAUAAAGGUGGAGAGCUGCUCGGAGGAUGAGUAUGCUGAGUUUACUAGGAGAGUUUUCACAGUGACUAUGGGAUCGGAGGAAAGGACCUUGCAUCAUCUUCAUUUCACGUGUUGGCCAGACAAGGCAAUACCAGACGAUGUAACUGCGAUGAUAGAGUUCAGACAGCGUGUUCUGAGUACGUCGAAUACACUGAAUGGACCAACGGUUGUGCAUUGCAGCGCAGGUGUCGGAAGAACAGGCACCUACAUUGCUUUGGAUAUCCUGACGAAAGAAGGUGAAGCUGAGAAGGCCAUAGACAUUUCUGGGUGUGUCCACAAAAUGCGUCAGAAUAGGCCGAAUAUGGUUCAAACAAUUGGCCAGUAUCAGUUUCUACACACCGCCGUGGUUUAUUCACUUACAUUCGACUGCAAACAAAUCAAGGGAGAAAACUUCAACGAGUACAUGAACAAACACACAACACAAGUACUAAAUACUCAGUUUAAGCAUCUGCAGCAUACGCUCGAGACACGACCUAAAAUGAAACAGAAGCAGUGGAACGAAAUAAACAGCACCUGAGCAAAAACAGAGCAAACGCCGAUAUCCCGGGAAAUGAAAACCGGCCAAGACUUUAUCUGCAUCUAAAACCAGGAGCGCCAGACUACAUCAAUGCUGUGUACAUUCACAGUUUCAGAAUGAAGAAACGCUACCUGGUAGCACAAACUCCACUCCCAGAGACGGUUAU